AUGAUGAAUACAAUGGAAAAUAGCGAACUUAUUCACGAAUCUUUCGAUUAUGACCAAUUUUUUAGUGAAAAUAUAGACGAUUAUCAUACAAUGACUUGCAUGGAUAUUAGUUCAACAAAUGAAAAUCUUUUAAAUUUAAAUAAUAAUAAUCUCAUGGAAAUGCCAACAAAAAAUCGUGUGACAGGCAAUAUUUUAAUGGGUACAGCUGUAGAUGAAUAUUUCAGCUCGGAGGUUAAUAUAAUCAAUGGUCAAGUAAUUAAAACUGACGGUGUAACACAAUAUUUCAAUGGUACUGCAAAUCAAUACAAUAGCAAUCAACAAUCUGUUCAUGUUGAUCAUGUCGUUUUCAAUCCUACUAAUGUAUCCAAUCAACCAGUAUAUAAUAUUCAGCAAGUAAAUAUUCAAUCAAUAACGAAACCAGUUGUAUCAUCACCACCACCAGCAAGAGUUUAUAAACCAUGUGUUGUGUGCGGUGACAAAAGUUCAGGUUAUCAUUAUGGUGUUUCGAGUUGUGAAGGUUGCAAAGGCUUUUUUCGACGUAGUGUACAAAAAAAUAUGGCCUAUCAAUGUAAUAAAGAUCAAAAUUGCGAAAUAAAUAAAGUGACAAGAAAUCGAUGCCAAUACUGCCGUUUUCAAAAAUGUUUCUCUGUGGGUAUGAGUAAAGAAGAAUUACGUAUAUUGAAUCAUACAAAAAAAUUACUAAAUCAAAAUGGUAUUAAGUCCACAAAUAAUCGUCCAAAGAAACGUUUAACAAUUCAAUCAGUACCGUCAAAAGAAUAUUCGCCACCAAUAGAAUCAAAAUUAUCACCUGUCGAUGAUGAAAGUUUAAUAAGCGUUUGUGUUAAUCUACAUAAAGUAACAAUGAAUGUUAAAUCUUCAGAAGAUACUGAUACUAAGUUAGAUGUUUGUUGGCAACGCGCAGAUGAAUUUAGUCAAAAAGGCAUUAUGCAAUGUAUACAAUUCUGUAUGCAAAUGCCAGGAAAUAAUGAAUUAUCGAUUCAAGAACGUGCACAUCUACUUAAAUUAGGUGUACAUGGCGUUGCUCUACUUCGGCUCGCUUUUCGUUAUGAACCUGAAGAUGAUAAAUUGUAUUUAUCGAAUGGUACAUCGGUUGAUGAGCAUACUCUUAGAACACAAGGCUUCGGUUGUUAUGGGCAUACAUUUUUUCAAUUUUGUCGAAUCUUUAAUCGAUUAGAAUUAACCGUCGAAGAAUUUGUUCUUCUCUGCGGCAUUGUUUUCUUUAGUCACGACCGAAUUGAAGGUCAAGCGACGCGAAGUAAAGUUGAACAAUUACAAAUACGUUAUUGUGAAAUUGAAAGAUUACAUAUUAUGAAAAAUCGUACAAAUGAUAGAAUGCAUUUUUCAAAAUUACUUUUACUCCUAUCGAAAUUAAGAGCGUUGGAUGCGUUGAUGGCCGAACGUCUUCUCUGUUUGCAAAUGAAUACUGAUGGACAAGUACAAAAAUGUAUUUUUGAAGUACUUCAUCGUGAAACAACAAAUGUCGUUGUCGAUAUGGGAAUUGCUUAUCUUGAUGCCAUCGAUACAAAACCUGAUUAUAGCUGGCUCGCUAAUACAUCAAAUGGACAAAAUCCGGUUGCAUGGCCAUCGCAAAUAGUUAUUAGUAAUAAUCCAUGUUAG